ACGUCCGUGCGCACCGCAAUUACGCACGACUUGUAUGGACAAACUGUGUGAUUGCACUUGUCUUGUUUAGUUAGUCUGUAUUAUUUUUAGGUGGUGUCUUAAUCUGUUUUGGGCUGAAAUUAGUUGUUGUUGUUCUUCUUCUCAUCUGGAUAGAGAAAGCGUGGCUUAUAGACACGUCCUAUGUGUUUUUACGCGUCAAGUUAACACAGGUGUAAAGGUGCACCUCCGUUACGUGGAGCUGCAGACAGAGCCACAGGUGCCUGGCUCUCCGGCACUCAGUCAGGGGGACAUUAAAAGGUAAUAAAGGACAAGGUCAGCAAGGAAAGAAAAUCAAGAACAACAACUAAGUGACAAAUAACCCAGGGUAGAAGAAAAACAGAGAAAGAGGGAGUGACAGAAAAAAGGAGAGAGAGAGAGACAAAGAGAGAGAGAGAGAGAGACACCCCCUGGAGACUAGCUAGGAGACCCGGCCCCCGGUCUGAGAGAAGGAGAGAGAGAGUGAGGGAGUGAGGGAGUGUUUUAAAGCCGGCAGGAGGCAUGAUGUCCUACAUUAAGCAACCCCAUUACGCCGUGAACGGGUUAACGCUGUCCGGCCCGGGCAUGGAUCUGCUGCAUUCAACCGCCGUUGGAUAUCCCAGCACCCCACGUAAACAGCGUCGGGAGCGUACCACUUUCACACGCGCACAGCUGGACAUACUCGAGGCUCUGUUUGCCAAAACCCGCUACCCAGACAUCUUCAUGAGGGAGGAGGUGGCCCUCAAGAUCAACCUGCCCGAGUCCCGUGUCCAGGUCUGGUUCAAGAAUCGUCGUGCCAAGUGCCGCCAGCAGCAGCAACAGAGCACAGGCCAGUCCAAACCGCGACCCCCUAAAAAGAAGGCUUCCCCUGCACGUGAGGCCAACACUGAAGCCAGUGCCAACCCCACCAAUGGACCCUACAGCCCUCCACCCCCUCCUCCAGGCACCGCCAUCACCCCCAGCUCCAGCUCUGCUAGCGCCACAGUGUCCAUCUGGAGCCCAGCCUCCAUCUCUCCCCUGCCAGACCCCCUGUCUGCCUCCACCACCCCCUGCAUGCAGCGUACCACCACCUACCCCAUGACCUACAGCCAGGCCCCAGCCUAUAGCCAGAGCUAUGCAGGGUCCUCGUCGUACUUCACUGGCCUGGACUGUAGCUCCUAUCUGUCCCCCAUGCACCCACAGCUCUCGGGCACUGGAGGUGCCCUGAGCCCCAUCACAGCCUCCUCAAUGGGUGGGCCCCUCAGCCAGUCCCCCGCCUCGCUCUCCUCUCAGGGCUACACAGCCGCCUCACUGGGCUUUGGAGCCGUCGACUGUCUAGACUACAAGGACCAAGCUGCCUGGAAGCUCAAUUUUAAUGCCACUGACUGUCUGGACUACAAAGACCAGAACUCCUGGAAAUUCCAGGUCUUGUAAAUAACAAUAAGUGGGAGGUUGGGAAGGAAGGGGAUAGGGGUUAGAGGAAGAAGUGAGAAAUCCAAGUAGGGUGAAUAACCUAAGAUUACUUUUGUGUGGUAAGACCUUGGGACACAGAAAUGAAUAAAUCAUAGCAACUGAAGAACUAAUCAGCUGAAACAAAAUCUUCUUUUAUUUCAAAACAAUGCAUGUGGAAGUAAACUGAUCUGUUGAUGCUAAGUAAGAGAUAACAGUCAUGUCUCUAAUAUAAGCAUCAGCCCUGAAAUCGAGGACUGGCUGUGUAAAAACAAAAUCUGCACAAUAAAAUCAAAAUAGUGUGAAAGAACAACAGCUUUAACUCUCCAGCUCGGUGGAUCAGAGGAAAUUGUAGUGAUUUAAAUGCAGUCUAACUAUAUUACUGAUGACAAGAGAAUUGAAAGUGAUAAGCAAAGGAGGGAGGGCACCUGUCACAUGCUGAGUGCGUCCUUUUGACUGAUGACUCACUAGGUUUGGUUUGUACAGUUUUCUCUCUCUGAUUUGUUUGACAGAGCUGGAACUGCUUGACUGACCUUGACUGAAAGCACAUUUAAAGCAGAGCUUACUUUUUGAAAAUUGCCGCAGCACAACAGUUCAGUGACAAGCCUACUGCAUAGACGGCCUUGAUGUCGAUGUGUUAAGGCACAAGAGCUGAUGAGGGCCCAAGCUCAUAUUUAUUUCUUCCUUUUAGACUUUGUCUUGUAUUUUAUGGGAUGUAUUUCUUUUAUAAAGCUGCUUUUCAUCAGCGAGCUGACUCGAAAAGCUCAACUAGCCCCACCUGACAUCUUACAGAGUUGUUUUCACAGGAUGGCCACUAAUUUAACACCAUGAGAAAAAUCUUAAGCACACAGAAGCUGAUGAUUCCCAGUAGCCUUCUAUGAUACUGACCCUCUGCUGCCGUGUGUGAAAGAGCAGAGGGUGUAGAAGUUGGUCACUGAAGUGACUGCAGUAUAAACCUGUUGCCUUUGAGCAUGGUUGAAAUCAUUGGCAGAAUGGCUCGUGUAUUGUUAGUUUAUUAUCAUUAUACUUGUAGUAUGAUGACAGUAAAGCUUAUUGCGAUUUCGAUUCUGAUUAGGAUCACUCCCAGACAGUUUGGGCAACAAUGCUCUCAUUGUGGCUAAUGGCAGCA